UACAGAACUGGAAGAAUGUUGUUGUUCGUUUUGUUUGCUGCUGUUUACCCUGAAAAAUAUAUUAUAAGGCAGAAGUUUGAAAUAGAAACAGACUUAGUUGCUUUUAGUACUGCGAGUCGAAAUAGAUUGUAAAUGGAUGACACCAAAAGGACAAAGUUUAAAACAUUAAAAUGUAAAGUUUCUCAGGCUACAAUAAAUGCAAUUAAAAGUAUGGGAUUUAAAUAUAUGACUGACAUUCAGGCCGAAGUUUUGCCCAAGGCAUUAGAUGGAGGAGACGUCGUCGCUACGGCUAAGACAGGUUCUGGAAAAACUUUGGCUUUUCUAAUCCCUUCAGUAGAACUUGUUAUCAAACAGAUGCAAAAUAAUUACCAAGGUACAUUUGGUAUAAUAAUAUCGCCAACUAGAGAACUAGCAACCCAAACAUACCAAGUACUCCAGGAAAUUAUAUCAUACCAUGAAGGAAUCACUUCAGCAUUGAUAAUUGGUGGUGAAAGUAGGAAAAUGCAAAGCAACAAACUUGCUGCUGGUGUUCACAUAGUUGUUGCAACUCCGGGAAGGUUAUUUGAUCAUAUGAGGACUAAAGAGUUUGACUACAAUCAUGUUCAAUGUUUAGUAUUGGAUGAAGCAGAUAAAAUAUAUCAAUACGGCUUUGAGGAAGACUUGAAACAGAUUAUAAAAAGGCUUCCCAAACAAAGACAAACAAUGUUAUUCAGUGCGACACAUGCAGAAACAACAGAGGAAUUGAUAAAGUCAGCAAUGAGAGAUGAUUUACAUUUAAUUAACACUAAUGAAGACAAUGACAGGGCAACAGUUGAAGGGUUAAAACAGGGAUAUGUGAUUUGUGAAACAGAAUACAGGCUCUGUUGGUUGUAUAAAUUAUUAAAGAAGACACAAAAUCUCAAAGUCAUGGUAUUUUUUUCUAGCUGUAAGUCAGUUGUGUUCCAUCAUGAAUUCUUAAACAAAUAUUGCAAUUUAUCUGUUCUAUGUAUUCAUGGUAAAAUGAACCAAUCUGAUAGAACAGCGACUAUGAACAAUUUUUAUAAAGCUGAAAAAGUUGCAUUAUUUUGCACUGACUUAGCGGCACGGGGUUUAAACAUACCUGCAGUAGAUUGGAUUGUGCAAUUUGAUCCACCAGCUGACGCCAAUGAAUAUAUUCACAGAGUGGGCAGAACAGCUCGAGGCUUGGGAGCAGCGGGACAUGCAGUUUUAUUGCUAAGACCAGAAGAGAAGGAAUUCAUAGAAUAUCUACAGGAAGCUAAAAUAUAUUUAGACAAAUAUGAAUUCUGGGGUAAAUUAAGUAGUCUUCAAAAGAAUCUUGAUAUAGCAUUACAGAACCCAGAAUUUGUCAAAAUGGCCGAAGAAGCAUUUGAAGGUUACAUAAGAGCAUUUGAAGUUAAAAAAUUAAAGCAUAUUUUUAAUUUAUUAACAAUGGACAUGGAUGUUGUUGCUAAAUCUUUCGGUUUGAAAGAAAAACCAGAUGUAGAUAUACGUGUUGGUUUCAGUAAAAAGCAUAGACCAAGAAAACGGGCAGCCGCGCUACUCGCUACAAACGUAUCAGCAGAAUCAACAAAACAAUUAAAAAAUUGAGUUUUAUUUAAUCACUAAAACAUUCUAUGGUAAAUAAAUUGAUUUUAUAUAA